AGCAACUUUAAUUAGAACUCACACUAUAAUUUGUUUGUGCUUAGAAAGUCGCGUUUUCGUAAAUGGCGAUUCCAGUUAUUGAUUUCUCAAAGGUUGAGGGAGAUGAGAGGGCCAAGACUAUGGCUCAGAUUGCAAAUUGCUGUGAAGAGUGGGGGUUCUUUCAGCUGAUCAACCAUGGAAUUUCUGAGGAGCUAUUGGAAAGGAUGAAGAAAGUGGCAUCUGAAUGCUACAAGCUUGAAAGAGAGCCAUUUUUCAAGAACUCAAAACCUGCGAAAUUGCUCGACGAGUUAUUAGAGAAAAAAAGCGACGAAAGAGUUGAAAAUGUCGAUUGGGAAGACGUGUUCUUGCUCUCAGAUGAGAAUGACAAUGAGUGGCCAUCAAAAACUCAUGGCUUCAAGGAAACCAUGAAGGAAUACCGGGCCGAGCUAAAGAAACUCGCGAUCCGAGUAAUGGAAAUAAUGGACGAGAAUUUGGGCCUCCCGAAAGGUUACAUCAACCGGGCCUUCAACGGUGGUGGGCCCGAAAACGAAAAUCGGGCCUUCUUCGGGACCAAGGUGAGCCACUACCCUCCAUGUCGGGCCCCCGAAAAAGUUAACGGGCUUCGGGCCCACACGGAUGCUGGCGGCGUGAUCCUACUCUUUCAAGAUGACGAGGUAAGUGGGCUCGAGAUCUUGAAAGACGGGUCGUGGGUCGAAGUCCAGCCCGUUAAAAACGCGAUUGUUAUAAACACGGGUGAUCAAGUUGAGGUGUUGAGUAAUGGGAGGUAUAAGAGCGCUUGGCACCGGGUUUUGGCUAAACGGGACGGGACAAGAAGGUCGAUUGCGUCUUUUUACAACCCGUCGUUUAAGGCCAUAAUCGAGCCGGCUAAGGAGAUUAUUAAGGAUAAGGAGGAUGAUUGUUUGAUUAGGUAUCCUAAGUUUGUUUUUGGUGAUUAUAUGUCUGUUUAUGUUGAGCAAAAGUUUCUUCCAAAAGAGCCCAGGUUUGAAGCAGUAGUGAAAGGAAUGUAAGUAUAAGCAAGGGAGAAAAAUAGAAGAUUGUGAUUUUUUUUUUUUUUUGUACUUUUUUUUGUNUGAAUUUGUGCAAAAAAUGUUAUAUUUGGCACAUGUGAUAUUUCUUCUAUAUUAUGUAAGUGAAGGAUGAAGGAAUAACUGAUUAAUCAUUUGGUGUCAAUUUUUCGAUUUUACUUUUGCAAGUUUCA